UCGGGCUGGAAAUGUCAAAUAAAGAUUGAAAUAAAUAUUGUUUUUCAUACAAAUAAUAAGUGUAUCUCCGCGAUAUGGAGGAAAAUAGUAGAAAAUGUUAUAUUUGCACUUCUGAGACAAUAUACUAUUGGCAGAAUAUCUUCACACUGCUAACCAAACACUCAGAUACGCCAAUUUAUAAGAUCCUGGAGAGAAUCACAGGAGUGGAAUUCAUAGAGGUAGAGGAGUCUAGCAAUGCAGUUAUUUGUCAUUCCUGUUUCCUCAAAAUCGACGAAUACGACAUGGCAUUAAAAACAGUGCAGAAGAUUGAAAAUGAAUUUAUGUUCUUCCUUAAUCGACCAAAUACUGACAAGGAUACAGAGAUUAUUGUUGAAAUGAUUAAAGAAGAACAUGACAUUGCUCAUGUGUGCCUUCAGGAGAAUAUAUUCCUUGACAAAUCUAUGGUAAAAGCAGAAGAAAGACCUACGCAACAUCUAAGAAACAGGAAUGAAAGGAUAGAACCUAAAAGACUAGGAAAUUCUCGGAAAUUGCUAAAAACUGUGGAGGUUGUAGAAGAUACCACUCAGAAUGUAAAGAAAAAUAAUGAAGAUAUUAGUAGAGUCAAGGAGCACAAGCCACAAUUUGUGGAAAAUUAUACACUGAUUGAUGGAGUUCUAGAGGAAUGUUCUGAACCCGUCUAUACAAUCUCCAAAACCAAUCAUGAGCACUUAAUUAGACCAAGAACCAGGGGAGAGGAAUUACUGAGCAAUGCAAUGCAGGUUACCAGAGAUUCUAACUUAAAAAUAUUACCACAGAAGGCAAGGAAACUCUUCAAUAAAAAGCCACCACAUCCAAUCAAGUGUUCAAAAUGCUCAAAGGAUUUUCUGUCCAGGUCAGAGUACAAACUGCAUGUGAAGACUCAUGAGGAUGAUUUGAAAGUAAUUUGUUACAUUUGUGGAGCUACCUAUAAAUCUAAAUCCGCUUUAGCUAUUCAUAUGGGAGUGCAUAAUGGAGUUACUCCAUUUGAGUGUCCCAUCUGCAAAAAAUUUUUCACUCAAAAAGGAGCCCUCGUACGUCACAUGCCAAUUCACACUGGAGAAAAACCCUAUCAGUGUGAAAAAUGCGGCAAGCAAUUUAUCCACUAUUCAUCUUUCCAUAUGCAUCAAUUGUCUCAUGACGAUAUCCGGACGAAAAAAUGUCCUAUUUGUGGGCUCAAAUUGCGUUCUAAUUCUCAUCUAAAUCGGCACAUGAGAGUCCACAGUGGGGAAAAACCAUAUGCUUGUCCAACUUGUGGACAAAAAUUUGCUCAAAGGUACAACAUGACAUCUCAUUAUAAAACACAUAUGGGGAUACAUCGGAAGUAUUCAAAAACUUACACGUGUAAAGAGUGUUCGGCUGUUUUUCGGUACAAAAAGAAAUUAUGUGAGCAUAUGUUUGAGUCCCAUAAAGCUCUGGAGAAAGACACUCAUGUAUCAGUAAUUACAGAAUCCUCAAUGAAAUUAGAGAAUAUUCUGUAAUUCUAUAGGCUCUACUAGUGUAGGUAGAUAAUUCCGCAAUUGCUUGGCAUCCAGUAAUAAGGUACAUAUUUUAAUAAUUGUGAUUCUUUGAACUUUAGAUUAUCUAUCGUAGGGUGGAAUAACCGGCUAUCGCCAUGUUUAGGAAAAAAUUAAAUUCAUUUAAUCAUAACUUUUGAAUCCUUGUUACAAGAUAAGUCAAAUUUGACAUAAAGUUACUUAGAUGUAUUGGCUCUAAAUACGUGAAAACAAUAAUCCUAGAACAUAACGCUGGACUACUUAAAAAACUAAUUUUUAUUAAUAAUGCAAAAAUAACCAUUUCGUCGCCACUUUUUACCACUUUUCGCCAGUUUUGUAAAAUUUGUAACCACUUCUCGCCACCCACUUGAAAAGAACCACACUCGGUUAUUUUAGGCAAUGCUAUGAAAAGAAUACAUUCACCAUUUCUCUUUUCUUGUGAUCACUUUAUUAUUACUCUCUUUAAAUGAUUUUUCUUCACUUUUAUUUGAGAAAUCAAAUUAUGGGGCUUUUGCAGAAAGUAAACAAUGCAGAUUUGACAACUGAGAAUGUACGAAGUGAAGUUAGCGUCGCCUAUUGAAAAGAUAUGGCGACAGGUGGUAAAAUCAAUUCCAGAAUAUUACCACUUCUCGCCAUGCCUCAUUUUUAUACAAAAAUAAUAUAAAAUGAAAUAUUAAUUGACUAAAUACAAAUUUUAUGUAUUCCACAAGUGCAAUUAAAUAUUCAAUAGACAAAUUAUUUACCCAAAUAGGUAUUUUUGGCCUGAUGAAAAUUUGACGACACUUAGUACAUUUGGUAAGAGAUGUUGGAUUCGAUGCACUUGCUUAAAAUAUUGCUCUAAAAAGUGAUCAAAAUCGUGAAUCUAAAACGAAUAAUUAUUAUUUUUCGAUUCUAUGCGUAGAAGCAGAAACAAUACAAAAAAAAAUGCGACUCAUUUAUUUCAUAAAUUGCGAAAAAUAGCGAUUUCAAUGUAAGUGGCGAGAAGUGGGGCACUGGCGAGAACUGGUGAUUCCACCCUACUGGCGACUAGAUGAAAUAAAUGGAAUUAAAAUGUUGGAUUUUAUGGCAUGGCAUACCUUCCAAACAAUAUUCACAUUAGUUGUGUAUGUCAUAUAUUUUGUUGGGAGGUCGUAUAAUUAACUUCGAAAGUAAAGUUCAGUCAAAAAUAAUUUUUAGCUUAAAGAAAAAUUUUUGAAUUUUCAAUAUUUACUAACAGCGAAUAAAUAUUUUUUUUUGAUAAAAAUUUAAUAUCAGCUGUUGUCAUAAAAAGCCCUAUCGUAUAAAAAGUAAUUGAAAAGAUUUUUAAUUGAAAGUUUAAUAGAAGAUUUGGGUUUCGUGUGAUGAAGGUAGUUUGCUUGAAGAGACAGUAUCCUUUCUUUUUAUAAAUAAUGAUCAUUGUAAUUUAAUUUUUACUUCAAAUUUUUAAAUUCCUAAAUUAGUCUUCACGUUGGAGUAACUCAAAAUCAAUGAAUAAACGAAACUUAUAUUUCAAAUUCUAACUCCUAAAACAUAUAUGAAGAAAUACAGUAAUUUAGUAGAAAAGUCCACAAUAUUUUUUUUUAACUCAUUCAGUAUCAACAGAAUUCAGUAGUAAUUUGUUUUAUUCAUUUUUCUAAAAGUAAAAAUGCGAACUAAUAUAAAAUUAAAUUUGUCCAAAAAAGCAAAAUUUAAUUUAUUCCGAACACCUAGUCGUCUUUAAAAGGUUGAUUAAAUACUAAAAAAAGUGAUAAAUAAUCCUUUUAUAAUAAAAAAAUAUUGAUAUCUAUUUAUUGUUAGAAAAUUGGUUCACCAUAAAAAUGAAUAAAAAUCCAGCAAUAAGAAAAAAAUAAUUUAGAUUUAAAAGUUCGUCUAAGAAUAUUGAGUAUUUUUUCAAGUUUCAUUUGAUUACUUUUUUAACUAAAAUUUCUCAUUUGAAAAAUCCUUUUCAAUAUAAAGUUGAUUUAUUUAGAGUAUAACUAAAGAAAUGUAAGACCUAGAAUUUAAGUAUAAUAAAGAAUUAAAAAAGA